AUGGAGAACCGUUUUAGAUCCAAUUUUUAUGUUUUGAUCAUUCUAGUUUGUGUAAGCUUUUUUGGGUUUGGUUCGGUUUCUUGUGGAGAGAAUCGAAGACCUAAAAACAUUGAAGUUGUUGUUCGGGCUAAAUGGGAGGGUACUCCAAUUUUAUUGGAAGUUCGGGAUAUCGAUGAAAAUUUCUUAUCAAAUGGAGGAACAUAUGGAAAGUAUGGGGAUGAAUUUAGAAGAGGGGAGAUUGCGGUAUUGUUGAAAGUUAGUGUAGAGACUAGAAAAAGGGAGAGGGUUUGUGAGUGUUUUCAAAAAUUGAGGAAGAUAGUGAGGUGUGUGAAAGAAGGGAUCGUGGAGGUUAUUGAGCAUCGGUUUGAGGUGGUUGUUGUUGAUAUUGAUGAUGAUGAAAUAGAGAGGUUUGUUGAGUUCAUUGCUGGAUUGGUUAUGGAAAGGCGAAUAUACUUUUGUCAAAGGGAACCUGGAAGUUCAAAUGCUGCUGCCGUUUUGAAUAGUCAUCUAGGAAUGGUCCGUGGUGCUUUUGUGCUUGGUAUUUUUAAAUUUACGCAACAUGAGAAAGGUCUCAUAAAUCUCCUCUCCUUUUACCUAGAGAUUAAGGAUCGUGCAGCUGCAAGACUUGGCAGCCUUCUAAAGCAAUUAUAG